AUGUGCGGGCGCGCGCGUUGCACGCUGUCGCCAGACGCCGUCACGCGCGCAACCGGCGCGCGGCCCGAUUGGCGCGACCAGCACCUGUUCCACCCAUCCUUCAAUGUCGCGCCCGGCACCUUUCUGCCCGUCGUCUGCGCCGCCGCUUCCGCCGCCCCGUCCGCCUCCCCGCACGCUGCUUCCGCUUCCGCCAAGCUCGCCCCUGCGGAAGCGGAAUGCGCGGAGGAUAGAUGUGCGGAGGCGGAAGAAGCGGACGAGGAAGGGCGCGCGCAGGGGGAGAUUGGAGGGGGGAGGGGGAAGGCAGGAGAAGCGGAGCAACAAGAGCAGGCGGAUGAAGAACAAGGGGUACAGGCGGAGGAGGAGCGGAAGCGGCAGGUGGUGGAGGCGGAGGGGGAGCAGAAGGGGCAGGCGGGGGGGGAGGUGGAGGUGCAGGUGAUGAAGUGGGGGCUGGUGCCGUCGUUCUGCAGCAAGACACAGCCGCCCGACCACUUCCGCAUGGUGUGCCUCACAGCGUUUCACACAGCGAUUCACUCUCGUCAUGCGCCGUCCCUCUUCCCCCAAAUUCUCGCUUUCUCUAUCCUAAUUCGCCUCUUCCCUGCGUUCCCUCCUUUCCGCCUUCUCCCCUCUCUCUCCUUCCCCUCUCCUUCCCCUCCCCCCACAUUCCCUCUCCCCUCCCCCCCCCAGUUCAACGCACGUUGUGAGUCGCUGCACGCCAAGCCGUCCUUCCGCCGCCUGCUGCCCUCCCAGCGCUGCGUCGUGGUCCUGGAGGGGUGA